AUGGGCCGCUUGUCAUGGUCUUCGAUGCUUCUGGCGCUGCUCGCGCCAUCAUCCUGGCCAGCAGCCGCUUCUCCAGGACAGGCCGGCAACCAAGAACCGUUGUCGCAUAAGUUUGACAAGACAUCCUGCCCUGACUACACCUAUUAUGCCGCUUAUCCUCAUCCACCCUUGAGCAAUGGCCCGCUCCAGCUGCCAUUCCAGAGGCCUGACUCCCGGUGCCGGACCUUUCACUCUGACGCCAUUGAAAAGGUUAUCACGGACGUCACCUCUCGGAUGAAGGAUCCUGACCUUGCCCGACUGUUUGAAAAUGCCUUCCCGUCCACUACCGACACAACAGUCAGGUUCCAUACCGACGGCAAGGACGAGAAGAUCAAGCAAAAGUUGCGCAGGCGUAGGGAAGAAGACGCCUGGCUAGAUGAGGGUGAAUGGGAAGGGCCCCAAUCUUUCAUCAUCACAGGCGACAUCCUUGCUGAAUGGCUACGGGACAGCACCAACCAGCUCAAGCCGUACCAGCCCCUUGCAAAUAAGGACCCGGCAAUUUUUAACUUAAUCCUGGGUGCCAUCAACACGCAGAGCGAGUAUGUCAUUCAGGCUCCCUACUGCAACGCCUUCCAGCCACCGCCCAUCUCAGGCCUGCCCAUCAGCCCCAACGGACAGGAUGAUAACGUGCACCCUUACUUCGACCCGAACGCUGUCUUUGAGUGCAAGUACGAGCUCGACUCUCUUGCCCACUUUCUUGCCCUCGGCAAUGAGUUUCACAAGCACACAGGCAGUACGGAGUUUGUCAACAAGCGGUGGCGUAAGGCACUGGCGCGGCUGGUCGAGGUGCUUGAGGCGCAAAGCAAGGGAACUUUUGACCCGGAAACGGGAGCUUUUCAGCAGAACGAGUACACUUUUCAGCGGCACACGACCACGGGAACCGAGACACUCAACCUCCAUGGCAUCGGUAACCCGCUUAACAACGGCACGGGCCUGGUGCGCUCGGCCUUCCGCCCUAGUGACGACGCAACCAUUUUUGGUUUCUUCAUUCCAGCAAACGCGCAGAUGGCCGUCGAGCUUAAGCGCACGGCUGCCAUCCUCCACUCCUUGGGGACCCCUGCUGAUACCAAGCUCGCCGAUAUCCUAUCAGACUGGAGCAGACGUAUCGAGCAGGGUAUUUGGGAGCAUGGAGUUGUCAACCAUAAGAAGUAUGGCAAAGUAUUUGCCUUUGAGGUGGAUGGUUAUGGCAGCUCCCUGCUCAUGGAUGACGCCAACUACCCAAGCUUGCUGGCGCUACCGCUUAUGGGGUUCGUGGAUAGGAACGACGAGACUUAUCAAAACACACGACGAAUGAUUCUUGAGAAAGAGGGAAACCCGUACUACUUGAAGGGAAAGGAAUUCCGUGGCAUUGGAGGCCCGCACGUUGGCCUUCAAAAUGCUUGGCCUAUGAGUCUGCUAGUGCAGGCUCAAACAUCAGAUGAUGACGAAGAAAUCCUCGAGUGCCUCAAGUUGGUGCUCCACUCAAGCAAGCUGGGACUUAUCCACGAGAGUAUUGAUGUGAACUACUCUUGGUCGUAUACUCGGAGUUGGUUUGCUUGGGCAAAUGGGGUGUUCGCCGACACGAUUUUAGAUUUGGCACGGAGGAAACCGCAUCUGAUUUUCGAGAAAUCUGAGCCAUACAGCAUCUAG